CGCCUUCAAGGCCUUGACCGCACCGCGUCCGUGGACUGCCUUGGAGCACGCACGCACGCACGCACGCACGCACACACGUCUAAGCAUCAUCGCCAGCAUCUACGUAGCAUAACGCUGUCGACGGCGGCGCCACAUCGCGGCCCUCUGCACGACGUACGUACGUACGCACUCAACUGUCUUGUUGUCCAGCCCACCCACGCCGUCAUCACCCUUUUCCCGGCGCCCCCUGGCUGGCGCGAUCAAUGGUUCAAGACCCGCCCUGACUCGCCUGCGUGUCGAACAUCAUCGAGGACAAGCAUCUGGCACGGCACCCACCCCGGAUCGUGGGGGCCCUUGCCAUCUUGCGCUGCGCAGCCGUCCAUGCUCGAGGCUGGCGGCGGCGCCGCGUGCGUCUGUCUGGUGCCACCAAGAUUUGCCUUCGCGCAGAACGGCGUCAUCGCCAGUACCAGGCCCAACCGACUUACACCGUCAUCUGCGAGGGCUGCAGCCAUUGCCGGCUAGUGGCAGCCAACACGCAGCGACCCCGACAGACCCUGGCCUGCCUGGACGUGGACUCAUACUGCGCUGCAAGCCGGAAGAGUCAUUGAGGACACCGUGCCAAUCAGGCUUCCGCCCGCCGCACCUACGCCUGUCCUUGUGGUUGCGCACAAGUCAGCACGCGAGGGCGCAUCCAUACAAGGCCGACCGACAUUUGGAUUCAGACGGGAGCACCACCAGCAGAGUGAUUUGUGCAAAGGCUGGCGGUACAGCAGUUGAAUACAAGAUAAAGGCCGCCUCGUCCCCGUGCGUGCCGAGCACACCGUGAUGCCCUGCUGCUGGUCUUCGCACACGACACGACACGUUGCGCGCCCUGCCGUCUGCUUCUGUUCUGUUUGCUCCGCAGUACGGUACUGUACGGUUUGGUACAGUAUACAGUACCGUACAGCACCACAGUCGAGUGUGCCUGGGCUGCCAGUCGUCUUGGCCUGACUCUUUCGUAAGGCCUAGCCGUCAUUGCCUUGCCCCCGAAUCUAAUCCCGCGAAUCCGCGAGUCGACGACCAGGCGUGGCCCCCGGUCCCUCGGCCCAAGUGGUCCAAGGGUAGAGACGAACGUGCGCGCCCGACCGAGUACGACGACGUCAAACGCUUGUUUCACCACCGCCGUCAGCACCACGGGUGCUUCUGCCCGCCGUUGUUGCAUAUAUUAUUGAGGAAGGAAUAAGGAACGUUGGCACGGGAGGAUGCUCAGGUGGUUUCAGCACCGCGACGCCGACGACGCCGCGGCCAGGAGCGACGACAGCGGCCAGCGUCAGCACCAACGCAAAGGGCGCCAGGGCCCUGGCCGCACCGAUUCCAGCAGCCUGGACACGUCCUCGGGGGGCGGCGGCUUGACAGGUCCCAAGCGGACGCCAACCUCAUCAACCUCGCCCUCGAGCGCCGACAGUGCCGCCACCGGCCCCAGUGGCAGCACCAAUAAUAAUAAGCUGGCCCGGCUAGGCCCCAGUGCUGGCGCCACCGCCUCCAGCGGCCAGUCCCAGUCCGGCAACAGCGCCAGCGACCUCGCUGCCUGGGGCGGACCGUCCACCAGGCCGACUCCAUCCGCAGCCACCACCAGCCCCUCCACCGGCGCCAGUGCCAGUGCCAGUGCCAAUGACAGCAGCGUCAGUGUCAGUGCCUUGACUGCCGUCGCCAGCGCCAGUCGCAGCGCCUGCGCCAGCAGCGGCACCACCACAUGCACCACCACCACCACACCUACCACUGCCGCCGCCGCCGCCGCCGCCGCUUACUCGUACUCUGCAUCUACUACUCCCGCUUCUGCCCACGCAGACUCUCCCGCAUCCCUCAUCAACUCAACUGCGUCCUUGACCCAGUCGCCGUCGCCCCAACCCGCCACGCCCCCCGAUCUCUUCUUCCCACGAACCUCCAAGAGCGCGAGCACCACGGCCACCGUCACCGCGACAGCAACCCACUCGUCGCGGCCCCUCUCCAUCGUCACACCGCCGUGCGACGAGCCCUCGUCGUCAUACACCACCGCCGCCCAAACCUUUGCCUUCACCGACGCCGACCUCGCCGAUUGCGAUCCCGACGUCGACAUGACCACCGGCGCCCUCGACGCCAGCGGCAUGGGCCGCAGCCGGCAAGACUCCUUCGUGAGCGCCGGGCCCAAACCCAUCUCCAUGAACAACCAGAACCGCGACAACGUGAACCGAAACCGAAGAGAGUCCCUAGCCGGCAGUCUGAUGGGUGGUGGCAUGAGCUGGGGCGGUAUGUCCUUUGGCAGCUUCGUUAGAGACGACAUCAUGAUGCAAGGCACCUCGCCUUCGCCAUUCGGCAAUCCUCAGUCGUCGUCGUUUCACUCGUCGUCGUAUCUGCCAAAGCUCGAGGCCAGCUUCAUGCGAGACUUCACCUGCUGUGGCAAGAUCCUGCCUAACCUGCAUGACCUGCUGCAACAUUACGAAGAGGCACACACUCAAGCGAGCCCAAACAGCUCCCGCAACAACAACUUCAGUCAGUUCGGCCAAGUCGGCAUGCAGCCUGGCUCGGCGAUGGGUAGUUCGCGCACCACCCCGACACCCGGCCAAAUCAACACAGGGUGCGCCGGGCAUGCGCCCGCUGCCGGGUCUGGCUUCCAGCUGCCCGGAGCGCCCAACGCCAUGGGCAACGGCGGCCAGAUGAACCCCACGCUGGCAACCAACAUGAACGACGACAUGGACGCCGUGGCCGACAUGGAGAUGGACGAUGCCAUCGGCACUAUGGAGCUCGAUGACGGCAACCGGAUGCACCACGCCCGCAUGUUUGGCCAGCAACAGCGACCCCAGCUCGACAUGAACACUUCUGGCCUUACCCAGGGCCUCCGUACCUCUCAGCCUCCCACCCCUGCCGCCGUCAGCUUCGGCCUGCAGAACAACCCUACGGUCUCGUCCGUCAACACACCAACCCUGGCGACCCAACAGCAGCUGCCCCAACAAGGCCAGCAGCCCACCGGGAUGGAUGGCAUGGAUGAAGACCUGCCUGGCAUGCCCAUGGGCGGUAACAGUGGAGGAGACAUUGGUGACGGCACGUUCUCGAAUGGUAACAAUGACUCCAACUUUUGCAUCAACGACCCCGGAAAGCAUCUUUUCAGUCCCAAUGGCGCCUUCCCGCCUGGAAACCGCACGAUUCAGCAGCAACUCGCAGCCCUCGGCUUGCAGCAGGGCCAGUUUGCCGACCCCGAAGCCAACAAGGUGCUGCUACAGCGCCUCCAGACCAUGAUGAUGCCCGAAGAGCACAAGCCUUUCAAGUGCCCUGUAAUUGGUUGCGAGAAGGCGUACAAGAACCAGAACGGCCUCAAAUAUCACAAAGCACACGGCCACCAGACACAACAACUACACGAGAACGGAGAUGGCACCUUUUCGAUUGUGAACCCGGAGACUAGUGCUCCGUAUCCGGGAACCCUCGGAAUGGAGAAGGAGAAGCCGUUCAAUUGCGAGACUUGCGGCAAGCGAUAUAAGAACCUCAACGGCUUGAAAUACCACAAGGCUCACUCCCUGCCUUGCAAUCCGGAGUUCAAGAUGCAAGCGCUCGCCGCCGGGCUGACCUUGCCCAGUUUGCCAGGGGUUAACCCCGGUGGCGCCACGGAGGACCAAGCGAUGCAACAAUAGUAAGCCGAUGGCUGGCAUGGAUGCCUCGACUCACUCAUGGAUCAUGGACUACAACGACCGCUGUAUAGCGACUUGACCAGCUGGGAUUUUUGGAGCGGCUUUGGCACAGCCCCAACGAGCUCCCGAAGGCAGCACCUCGUUUCAUGCUGGAGUCAAUCCAAGUGUUUCACUACCUAUGGUCGGCCUCCUCUCAUUCUUCGCCAGCUGGUAGGCUCAUGGCGCAUCGCGACGGCGUUCUUGCUUCUGAUAUCCUGGACACGUUGGAGACCUUUUGAGUGGUUUCAUUAAAACGUGGUGGCGCCUGCCUUGGCCGAGUCUUUCCGGCACGACGAUGUCUUCUGGCACCGGUUCUCUACGAGUAUAUAUCACAACUCUUCUGAUGCAUAUACCCCCAAUCCGUCGGACAUGGACGUCAUGUUGCACUUUGACACCCUGAUAAAAUGCUCUCCAUCAGGCGUCGUAUCUCUUUUGGCGUCUUUCUGGCCACGCGGAUGGCCUAGCCUUGCUCCUUGUUCUCCUUGGACCCACGAUAUGCCUCGAAAUCGACACCAUCGAAGCUGCUUUCGACGUUGAGCAAUUCCAAUCAGGCUACCCAAGGUCGCGUGCGGCGUUCACCCGGCUGGACAAGCUGCAGGAAAGCACGAGCAGAAUCGUUGUUUCCCGCUGUUUGGCUCUCUUUCUCCUGUUAUUCGAUUGUCAAGUUUUUGGAGAAGUGGUAUCGGGGCAUAUGCCUUCUUUGGUUCAGCUUCGGAGCGAGACUUGCACGCUGCCCAUCAUCUUACCCCGCUCACACUAUCCUUGGCUUACUGGUUUCGCUGGCUGGAGUUCCCGGCGCGAAGCACCUAGUGGCAGGUUAUGACCUGGUUUUGACGCGUCGUUUUGGGUUGGGUUAAUGGGGGGCAGGGAUUGCAAUGACGGCCGGCUGUUUGCUGUCGCGGAUGUAGUGGCCUGCGAUCGGCCGGCCGUCUCUUUGUUUGUUUGACGUUUGCAAAACAAAAGUUCAUGGGUGGGGGGGAGAGGCAUAGAAAAAGGUACUGAUGUUCGCUCUUCUCUGGCAUGAUCUCGAUCUAAUAGAAUGGAUGCUGUCGCCAGCUUUCGCCCUACUACU